GGAAUAAAAAUGAAAGUGAUGAUAAUAACGAAAAUGAAAUUGAAAAUAAUACAAAAAGUGAUAAUUCAGAUUCUAUUGAGUCUAAAGAUAAGGAAAGCAAUUCAGAAUCAGAAUCUAAAAGUGAUAGUGAUAAUGAUAAGAAUAUUUUAGAUGAAAUUCCAGUAAUGUUGGGAGACUCAUUAGUUGAAACUAAAUUGAAUGUUAGUUCUUUAAGUACUAAACAACAAGAACAAUUCAAUCAGUUACUUGAAGAGAAUCAAGAUAU